UGCAGCAGCGGCCAAAGCAGAUUCUGCAUCUGGUGUGCCAAAACGGCCUGCAGACCGUGAGAGCACGAGCCAACAAACAGUCAGUGUGUGUGUCCACACCACACUGCGCGAGUGGCGCACGAGCACCGCGGACCCCUCGCUCGCGUCGACUUUGACUUGGUGCGCCACACUGCCCAGUGCUAGCCUCGUCGUACUUUAUACGGCGGCGCGCCACGGCGAUCCAGCAGCAGCAGCACUGCAGCAGCUGGUAGCGGUGGUGGAGCAUGGCGGAGACGGCGAUCACGACGGUGCUGGCGAAGGUGGCGGAGCUGGUGGCGUGGGAGGCGGCGGUGCUGCUGGAGGUAGGCGACGACGUGCGCCUCCUCCGCGACAAGCUCGAGUGGCUCCACACCUUCAUCCGCGACGCCGACCGCCGCCGCCGCCUCCGCGACGACGAGUUCGUCGCCGUCUGGGUGCGCCAGACACGGGACGUCGCCUUCGAGGCCGAGGACGCGCUCGACGACUUCCUCCACCGCGCGGGCCGGAGGGGGAUGGCUCCUCGUAGCCGCGCCGCCGCCGCCCCGGGCUGCGGCGUCGUCGGUUGGUGGCCACGGUGCACAGGCCAGGUCGCGCUCCGCCACGACCUCUACGGCCGCAUCCGCCAGAUCAAGAAGCGGCUCGACGAGAUCUCCGAAAACCGCGCCGCCUACAACAUCGAGCACACGCCCGCGCCGGCCUGGGCCGCCUCCUGCUCCUCCGCCACCACCCUCGCCGCCUGGGACGACCUGGAGGAGUACACGGUUGGCUUGGACAAGUACAGCGACAUGCUGAAAGAGCAGCUCCUCGACGACGCCGUGACCGCGCGCGCCGUCGUGUCCAUCUCCGGCGAGAGCAGCAUCGGCAAGACGACGCUGGCGCGGAAGGUGUACCAGAGCCCCGAGGUCCGCAACCACUUCGAGAUCCGCACGUGGACGGUGCUCCCGCACAAGUGCCGCGCCGCCGACGUCCUCCGCGACAUCCACCGCCAGAUGACCUCCCAGCUGCGGCGGGCCCCAUCCAGGCAGGCCUCCGAAGAAGGCUGCGACGGCGCCGCCGCCAGGGCGUGCGGGCCCGGGAAAGACAUCAGCAACCAGCUGUACAAGAACAUGGCGGGGCGGCGGUACCUCGUCGUCGUCGACGGCAGCAUCGCCGUCAGCGACUGGAACAGCCUCCGAACCUCGCUCCCCGACGACGGCAACGGCAGCAGGGUGCUCCUGAUCACGGACUCGGCGGGCCUGGAGGCGGUCGGACACGCCGGGCCCGCGUACGACUCGGUCGAGCUGACCCGGCUCAGCCCGGAGAACACGUACGAGGUGUUCCGGCGCCGGGUGUUCGGCCGCGGCGACUGCCCCGGCCGGUACAAGUCGCGGUACUACCAGGACGUGUUCCGGAUCACCCGCGGCCUGCCGCUGUCGGUCGUCAUCCUCGCCGGCGUCCUGCGGUCGAAGGAGCUGCCGGCGGAGUGGGACGAGGUGAUGGCGCAGCUUGCCCCGGCGCGGGAGCAGCAGCACAAGGGCGGCGGCGCCGGCAGCCACAACGGCCGGCGGAUCAUGUCGCUGGCCUUCGACGAUCUGCCGCACCACCUCAAGUCGUGCUUCCUCUACCUGGCGGCGAUGCGGGAGAGCACCCCGGUGGAGGCGGCGCGGCUGGUCCGGCUGUGGGUCGCCGAGGGGUUCGUGCGGCCGCGGCGCGGGAGCACCAUGGAGGAGGUGGGGCAGGAGUACCUCAAGCAGCUCAUCUCCCGGUGCAUGGUGCAGCUGGUGGACAAGGACGAUUUCGGCGCCGUGCAGACGGUGGUGGUGCACGACCGGCUGCACGCCUUCGCGCAGGACGAGGCGCAGGAGGCUAGCUUCGUCGAGAGCCACGACAGCACCGACGUGCUCGCGCCGGCCACCGUGCGCCGCCUCGCAGUCCUCGGCUCCACCACCAACCGGUACGUCCAGCUCAGCAACGCGCUACCCAAGCUGCGCUCCAUCAUCUGCGACUUCGUGGAGGGCCGCAACAGGUCCGGCGGCAAGUGCAUCCAGGGCAGCGACCUGGGUUUCCUCCAUGCCUCCAAGUUCCUCCGCGUCAUUGACAUCCAGGGGCUCGAGCUCAAGAAGCUCCCCAACGAGAUCGGCUCCAUGAUCCACAUCAGAUACCUGGGUCUCCAAUGCGGCGACCUGGAGAAGCUCCCGACCACCAUAGGCAACCUUGUCAACCUGCAGUCGCUCAUCCUCGGCGGCCGCCGCGUCCUGGAGGUGACCGCCGCGUUCUGGAGGAUCCCCACGCUGCGGCACGUCGUGGCGCCGUUGGCGCUGCCGAGCAGGGCCCUGGGCGACCUGCACAGCCUCCAGACGCUCCACGGCGUGCGGCCCUGCCGCUGGUACGGCGGCGACAACCCGCUGGCGAAGGCCGCCAACCUCCGCUCCCUGGAGCUCAUCGAGCUGACAGCCGAGCACACCGGCGCGCUCGAGGCCGCGCUCGAGAGCCUCGACCUCCUGGCGCACCUAGUGCUGCGCGGCGACUCGCUGCCGGCGAGCGUGUUCGCCGUCCCGAGCCUCCGCCGGCUGCAGAGCCUGAAGCUGUUAGGCCCCGUGGACUCGCCGGAGGGGCCCGACGGCGCGGAGGACGCCCGGUACAUCCGGCCGAACCUGACCCGGCUCUCGAUGUGGGGCACCAUGGUCAAGCAGAGGUUCGUGGACAUGCUGGCGGAGCUGCCGAGCCUGGCCGAGCUGACGCUGAUGAAUGACGCCUACGACGGCGACCGGCUGGCGUUCGGGGAGGCCGGGUUCCGGAGCCUGCACGAGCUCAAGCUCGGCCUGCCGAAGCUGGAGGAGUGGGCGGUCGGCGCGGGCUCCAUGCCGGGGCUCGCGACCCUGACGCUGUACCGGUGCGCCAAGAUGCAGAUGCUUCCGGAGGCGCUCGCCGGGAUGACGGAGCUGGAGGAGGUGGUGCUGUACAGCAUGCUCGACAUUGUGGGCAGGAUCAAGGAAGGCGAAGGGCAGGAUCACCACAAGGUCAAGCACGUCCCCGUCAUCCAGACUAUCUACUGAGCUCACUGAGCUCUGAGCAUCUGGUAGAUAGCUCAGUCACAGAACUAGUUGAAGUCAUGCACUCACAAGUCUAGGCAUGGACUACGAUAUGAAGCGAGGAAGGCAUCAUUAGAAUUCGAGUGUUAGUGGCAUUGUUUUAGAAAUUAGAAUUCUUAUGGGCUUGGUAAAUCCCAGUCCACUGAAAUGAGAACGUUUCACUGCAUUCU